CUUAAUGACCAUAUCAGUUUUCAUUUUAUCUUGACAGUCAAACAAAAGUUUGACUCUUAUGAGACAUCAGUUGUUUUAUCUGAUACAAUGAAAAUCUAAGAGAGGGGUUAUUUAUCAUUCUACUGGUUAGUCUUAAAACAUUUUCCUCACUAGGUAAAAUAGCAGUCGAUAGAUUGACUGCUUUAAUCAAGUUCUGACGUUCCGUAUAGUAACAGUAUAAACUCAACAACGAUGAUUAAAAAAGUGGUGAAAGCAAUUAUUUUGGGAGCUCCUGGAUCAGGAAAAGGGACAAUUUCAGAACGAAUCCUGAAAGAUUUUUCAAUGAAGCACUUAGCCAGCGGAGAUUUAUUAAGGUCUCAGAUUUUAAAAGGAACAGAUAUUGGAGUCUCUGCAAAGAAAUACAUUGACAAAGGUCAGUUGGUACCUGAUAACUUGGUGCUUCAGUUGAUUCUUGAAACUAUACAAGCCCAUAAAGAUGAUACGUGGCUCUUGGAUGGUUUUCCAAGAACUCUAAAUCAAGCAGUCACUCUAAACAAAAUACAACCGAUUAACUUUGUAAUCAACCUCAAUGUUCCUUUUGAUAUCAUCAUAGAACGAAUUAAGGGAAGGUGGAUUCAUAUGCCAAGUGGUCGAGUUUAUCAUACUGAGUUUAAUCCACCCAAAGUGCAAGGAAUUGAUGAUGUCACUCAGGAACCUCUUGUCCAAAGAGAAGAUGAUAAACCAGAAACUGUAAGGCAUCGUCUAAAUGUCUAUAAGGAGUUAACUCAACCAGUUUUGGAUUUUUACAGAAAGAAUCAAUUAUUGGAAGAAUUCACUGGUAACUCAACGCCAGAAAUCUGGCCGAAAGUUCGACAAUUUAUAUCAACUAAACUCGAGCCAGUCCAGAAAACUGAAUAUAAGUAAUUGUUUAUGGAAAUAAGACUUCUUUUGAAGGAAAAACGUUAUUGAUGAAUGAAAAAUUUUAUUCUGUAGAAAGCUUUUUAUUCUAUAGAAAAUUUAAACACUCGUCCAAAUUCUAUUUCAGUGCCACUAUAUUUUGUAUACAUUUUAUUCUAUUUUUGUUUUUUUUAUAAUUUUUUUUCUGAAGUAUAUAUUAAGGGUCCAAACAGAUUUGCUAACCAUUGUAGUUUGAACAAUAUAUAUAUUAUACAUUGUAUAGUUUUUAUGGAACAAUGCGAUUCUUUGAGAAAUAUAUAUACAUAAUUAUAUAUAUAUAUAU